AUGAACUCUGACAAGGAAACACUUUCAUUUCUUCGCUGUAACCUCUCAGAGGACAUCUGUCCACUUCUGUCCUCAGUUCUCAGCUCUCAGUCCUCCAGUCUGACCGAACUGGACCUGAGCAACAACGACCUGCAGGAUUCAGGACUGAAGCAGCUGUGUCCUGGACUGGAGAGUCCACACUGUAAACUGGAGUCUCUCAGGCUGUCAGGCUGUCUGAUCUCAGAGGAAGGAAGUGCUUCUCUGGUCUCAGCUCUGACCUCCAACCCCUCCCACCUGAGAGAGCUGGACCUGAGAUACAACCAUCCAGGGGAGUCAGCAGGGAAGCUUCUGUCUAGACUGGAGGAUCCCCACUGGAGACUGGACACUCUCAGUGUGGAGCCUGCUGGAGAACGAUGGUUGACACCAGGUCUGAAGAAGUAUUCCUGUCGACUCACCGUUGACACAAACACAGUCCACACCGACAUCAAACUGUCAGAUGACAACAGGAAGAUAACGCAGGGGUUGGGGGUUCAGUCAUAUCCUGAUCAUCCAGACAGGUUUGAUUACAGGCGUCAGCUGCUGUGUAGAGAAGUUCUGACGGGUCGCUGUUACUGGGAGGUCCAGAGGAGAGGAGAGGUUUCUGUAUCAGUGAGUUACAGAAGAAUCAGCAGGAAAGAAAACUCUACUGACUGUUGGUUUGGAUGGAACGAUCAUUCCUGGAGUCUGGACUGUCAUCCAGAUGUUGAGUACCAUUCAGCUGCUCCGACCUCACCUGGUCAGCCGCGGCGCUGUAUCUCUAUGGUCCGUUAUCGAAGUGAUCAGUACCGUGUCUUUCACAAUAACAGAGAAACAUCCAUCAUCUCCUCAUUUUCAUCUCCAGACUCUGAUAGAGUAGCAGUUUACGUGGACGUUCCUGCUGGAACUCUGUCCUUCUAUGAAGUCGUCUCUGACAGACUGAUCCUCCUCCACACCUUCAACACCAGCUUCUCUGAACCUCUCUGUGCUGGAUUUGGUAUCAGGUACUGCACUGGUUCAGUGUCUCUGUGUCCAGUUUAGUCUCCAGAGUCUCUUGUCAGAGAAACUGUCUCUGUUGGAUCCUGGACUUGGAUUCUGGUUCUGGUUCCUCAGUGUCUCCAUGAUGAUGAUGAUGAAGAAGGACUUGAUCACUGUUUAUAUUUAGUUUUUUGGUUCAUGUUUUUAUUUGAUAUUUUUCACAUUUAAACAUUAAAUAAUUUACUUAUGUUUGAUCAUAAAUUAGAUUUUUAUCUAAUUAUAAUUUUUUUAUUCUUGAU